AUGGCCACUGGAUUGCUUCCGCCAUCGGAACUUCGUCGAAUUCUUCUAACGACUGAUAAUUCAUUCAACAAAACGGAUGUGGUGGCCUUAGGCCGUCUAUUAGCUGCUUUCUACCUCGAUUAUCCUCUUUUCGUGCCUCAUCCCGGUACCGCCUAUCCGUCACUGUUUCUUUGGUCUCAGCUCAGUGGAAGCCGCUUUUCUGGAAGUUCACCGCUGAGUCGAGAGGAGCUAGGUCAACAGUUACCGGCAGAAUACAGCCCACGAGUUCCUGCAGUGCUUCUGACUAACUGCGGGCGUGUGCUGGAAGCUAUCCUUUAUUGUGAUCACUUCAGCGAUUUGAGAUCUUCACUACUUUUGAGAAUUUUCGCUGACAAAGAGUAUGGGUUAUCCUUGUGUUCGAGUUUCUACGAAGAGUUAUGGACCGUCAGGCUGGCCGAUCAUUUGGAGUCGUUCGUGGGAGAGCAGACCGCUCCCGAGCGUAGUACGGCAUUUUGCCAUCGAUAUGUUCAGUCUGUAUUGGAGCUGGACAUAUUCAACAAGGAGAAUUACUUGGCGCGACUCCAAGCGUUCGCCAUCUCACAAAUGGAAGUGUUUUUCGCUCAAUUACAGGUCCGAGCCCAGGAUACCACUAUUCUUCCACGACCUCCUGUCUACUGUGCUCCAAACAUACGGGGCGAUUCAAUGGAAUUGAAAACUUUCUCCAGAAUACACCUUUACCUUCAAACGUUAUUGAUUUCACUUCAAAUGACGAACAGAAUGGGUAUAGAGAUCAACAGAAUUCACAGUAUCCUUUCUGAGGAGAACAAUUCUUACCUCUCGCUAUGA